AGUCAUGCAAUGACGUCAUGUGGGCAUUGUGUUUGAGGAAGCGCAAGAAAUAAACUCCACCAAGACUCCAGAACAUAAUCUGACUUUAUGAAACACCUCGCCAUCAUCGAAGAGUUUAAUGUGACCGGAGUUGAUAUAAACGCGUUCCAACGUCCCGAGUCGAAAGUGCAGAAAGUGACUUCCACAUUCCCUGCCACAGGAUGCAGAUCAGCGUUUAUCUGUACGCUCUCGUCGCCUGUUGUGGAUUAACCCUUUCAGCGCUAGAGAAUGGCAGCGAUGCGCCGGCACUCCUCCUGGUGUCUUUUGAUGGCUUUCGAGCAGACUAUCUAAACAAAUACUCAUUUCCCAAUCUCGAAAAGUUCUUCUCCGAUGGUGUCCUUGUACGUGAGCUAACCAAUGUGUUCACGACCAAAACCUUUCCCAAUCAUUACAGUCUCGUCACAGGGCUGUACGCGGAGAGCCAUGGGAUGCUUGCCAGUAUUAUGUACGACCCAGUGUCGAAAAAGCAUUUCUCUAUUCAAAAUGACAGUGACCCUUUCUGGUGGGACGAAGCCAUUCCCAUCUGGUUGUCGGUGGAGGAGAAUGGCUACAGGGCAGCAUCUGCUAUGUGGCCAGGAACAGAUGUGAAAAUUCAUAACCACACAUUAAAAUACAAAUUUAAAUACGACUCAAAGGUGAGCUUCCAAGCAAGGCUGGGAAACCUCACACAGUGGAUGACGGAGGACAGAUCUGUUAAGUUUGCCUCUCUGUACUGGGAAGAACCCGACUGGAGCGGCCACAAGUAUGGCCCGGAGAACACCACUGAGAUGGCCAAGGCUUUGAAGGAGGUGGAUAGUCACAUAGGUUUUCUGAUAGAGCACCUCAACAAAACAGGAUUAUGGGGGAAAAUAAAUGUCAUCAUCACUAGCGAUCAUGGGAUGACCCAGUGUUCUCAAGAGCGUCUUAUUGAACUGGAUAAAUGCAUCACUCCGAGCAGCUAUACAGCAGUGGAUCUCACUCCUGUGGCUGCCAUCAUUCCUUUGGAAGAUAAUUUCACCGUAUACCAAAACCUGUCCAUUUGUCACAAACACAUGAAGGUGUACCUGAAGGAAGAUGUUCCUGACAGGCUGCACUAUAAAAACAACAAAAGGAUUCAGCCAAUCAUUUUGGUGGCAGAUGAAGGCUGGACGAUUGUCAAACAUGGCAAACUGCCACGACUGGGGGAUCAUGGCUAUGACAAUACGCUUCCCAGCAUGCACCCCUUCCUGGCCGCCCAUGGGCCUGCGUUCCGUAAAGGCUACAAGAUGUCGAGCUUUAACAGCGUGGAUCUCUACCCACUCAUGUGCCACCUCGUUGGCAUCUCUCCAAAGCCCAACAACGGCAGCUUCGCUCACGUGCGCUGUGCGCUAGUCAACGAGCAGUGCGGAGAGCUAGCAUUAGCGGUGGGCAUCGUCAUUGGUGUUUUAAUAAUCCUGACCACCUUCACCUGCCUAUUCAAGCUGAUGAAGAACAGAGAUGCCUCGUCUUCACGUCCAUUCGCCCGCUUGGAGUUAGAUGACGACGACGCUGAUGAUGAACCUUUACUUGAAUGAAGUGC